AUGUUAGUGACAACACCACUACAAUAAUGAAAACAUCAAUCGAACUUCAUGCUCAUAAGUAGUUCUAUACAAAAAAUUGUUGUUCAAAAAGCUGAACUUUUUGGUAAAUAAUUAUAAACUAUUACUUUGUAAUCGAUCUUCGAGAAUAAAUAUAAUUCUAUCUAAUUUGCUCCUUGGAGAAUUACUCAACGAAUUUCUGAUAUUCUCAGUGGGCACUACUAAUCUCGUAAAUUCAAUCGUAAGAAGUAAUGAAGUUUCCUUGAAAGUUGACCUGAAAAAAGCAGAAAAAUCAGGUAUUGCGAAGAAGAUCAAAUUAUAAGGUAGCCAACUGUCGACUAUCACAGGUGCUUCAUGUUACUUCAAUUCCCGCCAACGUCAUAUAGACGAGAAUUGAUCGUUGAUAUUUUGGCGGCUUGUCGAGCUUCCCCUGUUUUUGCUACUGCGUUUGUGCUCGAUCCUCCUUGUGAUGCGUCGUAUUUUUGGGUUUCAAGUGCAUCUAUUAGAGCGAAAUUCAUUGGAUCAAGUAUUGAGAAAUGGUUCUUAAGAUUGUGGAGUUGACGGCAGUUCUAGAAAGAGAGUAACAUUGAAAAAGUAAGAAAGUAAUUUUGAUAACAAUGAACGAAACAGUGGAACAAUUGAUGGUGAGCAAAGACGCUCAAGAACGAUGCAGCAAGUGGAUAGAUCAAAUCGAUCCUCUUCUAUUGGUGACUAACAAUUCCAAACAUAAACUUGAAGACGACGGUGAAUCGAUUGUUGAGACGGACUCGGAGUUCGAUUCUGUGUCAGAAUGUGGGGCCAAGAGACGCAAAAUUGCCGUUAAAUUGAAAGCUGAGACUCUCAAUUUGUCUUGCCAAUGGCGUGAUUGUACUUUUAGUGAAAAGUCUUUAGAUAAUUUUAUCAAACAUGUUUCCUAUCAUAUCCCAGAAGUGGAAUACAAAGAAAUUUCUGAUGAUAUUGGGAAUUAUUGUUGUUUGUGGGAUGGUUGUGAAUAUCAGUGUGAUGAAGAUGUUCAAAUCAUGAGGCAUGUGAAUUAUCAUGCUUUUCAUACUAAGAUCAAAAGUUUAGGAACCAAUAUCAGGGGGAGAAUAAAAUUACCUAAAUGUAGAAGAGAUGCUGAUUGGAAAAAUAUCAUUGAGUCAUUACCUGAUCAUAAGUGUCAGUGGCAUUCAUGCACUGCAAAAGAUUUCACUAAUUAUAAUUAUUUUCUCUAUCAUGUUCAAAGUCAUGCUGAAAAUAAUCCUAGGGGCAACAAAAUAGCUGGUGGAAUAAAAUGUUUGUGGGAAUCAUGUAAAUGUUCUUUUCCAAGUUUAUAUAAAUUAAAAGAACAUCUCAGAACUCAUACGAAGGAAAGAAUUGUUGCCUGUCCAGAUUGUGGUACAAUGUUUGCUUCAAAUUCUAAAUUUCAUGAACAUUGCAAAAGGCAAAUUCCUUUAGAAGUUCAAGGCUUUCAAUGCUCCCACUGCAAUAAGUAUUAUCCUACUGAAAAUAUUUUAAGAGAACAUAUGAGGAAUCACAUAUUCCACUACAAAUGUAGCAUGUGUGAUAUGACUUGUGAAUCUCCUUCAGGAUUAGCAAAACAUGUUUUGUACAGGCAUACUGAAGAAAGAAACUUUCCUUGCAGUGUAUGUUCUCAUAGAGCUAAGUCACAACAAGAUUUAGAUAGUCACAUGAAUUUACAUGGUCCUAGUUCUAAUUUUACUUGUACAUAUGAAGGAUGUUCUUAUGCUUGUAAAAAUGCAUAUACUCUAGAUAGGCACAUUGAAAAAGUUCACAGAUUAGAAAUAAGAUGGUACUGUUGUCAUGAGUGUCCCAUUAAGUAUAGAAAAAGUUACAGACUUACUAGACAUCUUAUUGAAGAUCAUCAUUUACAAUGGCUAAGUGGACAUAAGAGAUUUCAAUAUAUACUUGAAGAUGAUGGUUGUUAUAGAUUACAAACAGUAAGGUAUGAGAGUAUUGAUGAAAAUAAUACUACUGCUAAAGAUAAUCCACCAGCUAAAGCAGAUGUGGAUAAAGAAACUGUUGCAAAUCAAGAGGUUUAUCAAGUUGUUAUUGAAAACACUGAUUAUUCUAAAUCCAUGCCAAAUAUUGUUAUAUCUAUUGGCGAAAUUGAUGAACAUGGAAAUAUAAUUGAAAAUAAAUAUAUUGAAACUCAAGAAACCACUGAACUACCACCUUCUGCUGGACCUCCUAUAAUAUUAACAUAAUAAUUCAAAGAGGUUUGUAGAUGGAAGAAAAUUUUUUUUAUUCUGUUUGGAAAUUCGAAAAAUACAUUUUGUAUUUUUAUAUUUUAUAACAUUUGUUGUACAACAACAUAUUUGGUUACACAGUAAUGAAAAAAAUUACUGUAACUAUUGAAUUUUAAAUUAAAUUUUAACAUAGUGAGAUAAAAGACUUAUAUCAAUGUUAGAACAAACUUUUAAACCCAUGAUCAAGAGAAAUAUACAAAAUUACAAUGCA